GUGCAUGGCAUCAUUCGACGAGCAUCAACAUUUAACACACACAGAAUAGAACAUUUGUAUGCUGAUCCACAAGCACACAGAGAAGGAAGUAUGCAUCUUCAUUAUGGAGACAUGACAGAUAGCACGUGUCUGGUGAAAAUUAUUAGUGAGAUUCAGCCUUCAGAGAUUUACAAUCUGGCCGCCCAGAGCCAUGUUAAGGUGUCAUUUGAGCUGGCUGAGUACACAGCAGAUGUGGAUGCUGUGGGAACACUGAGGUUGUUGGAUGCUGUCAGAACUUGUCACCUUGCAAAAAAGGUGCGCUUUUAUCAAGCAUCCACAAGUGAGCUGUAUGGCCUAGUCAGGGAAACUCCACAGUCAGAAACAACACCUUUCUAUCCCAGGUCACCAUAUGGUGUGGCUAAACUGUAUGCCUACUGGAUAGUUGUCAACUAUAGAGAGGCUUACAACAUGUUUGCCUGUAACGGGAUCCUCUUUAACCACGAGAGCCCCAGGAGAGGUGAGACAUUCGUCACAAGGAAAAUCACCAGAGCAGUGGCCAAGAUUAUAUUAGGGCAGCAGAAAGAUCUCGAGCUGGGAAACCUGAAUGCUAAAAGAGACUGGGGACAUGCCAACGAUUACAUAGAGGCCAUGUGGUUGAUGCUACAAGCUGAGGUACCGGAAGAUUAUGUUGUAGCCACUGGAGAAACUCACAGUGUGCGGGAGUUUGUAGAGUUAGCCUUCCAGUUUGUGGGAAAGGUUAUAGUGUGGGAAGGUACAGGGGUAGAUGAGAUUGGGAGAGACAAGACCACUGGAGACAUCCUUGUAAGGAUCAACCCCAAAUACUACAGGCCUACAGAAGUUGAACUUUUAUUAGGAGAUCCUUCAAAGGCCCGCAAGCAGCUUCAAUGGGAAAAGAAGUAUGAUUUUGAGACACUGGUGAAAGAGAUGGUAGAGGCAGACGUAAAGCUAAUGAAGACCAAUCCAAUAGCCUAG